CCACAGUUUCCAUCCACCAUGAAUGUAGGUGUGGGAAAGGUGAAAAUUGCAAUCGACCGAGGGGGCACUUUCACUGACGUCUGGGCCGGUCUGCCUGGACGGUCAGACAUUGUCCUCAAGCUCCUUUCGGUUGAUCCGUCCAAUUAUGAUGAUGCACCCACAGAGGGUAUACGUCGCGUACUAUCUUUAUACUACGGCAAGGAGAUCCCUCGCAGCCAGCCACUUCCGAAGACAGACCUAGAGUUUAUUCGUAUGGGAACAACUGUUGCGACGAACGCUCUGCUUGAGAGGAAAGGCACCCGGCAUGCAUUUCUCGUAACCAAAGGAUUCCGCGACUUACUGAACAUCGGAUACCAGUCACGACCUCGACUCUUCGAACUCAACAUUGUCAAGCCGGCUGUUUUGUACGAUGAAGUCCAUGAAAUUGAUGCUAGAGUGACGAUUGAGGGAUUCGAUGAAGAUGUCGAUGGGCUCUUCAAUACCACCAAAGAAAUACCCGACGUCCUGGUCCGUGGUACAAGCGGUGAUAUGGUGCGUAUUCUGAAGCCAAUCGACGACGAACAAGUCCGGCGUGUACUCAGGGAGCUCCGUGGUAAGGGGUUUGACACGCUUGCUGUCUGCUUGACCCACUCCCAUAUAUUUCCAGACCACGAGGUGAGAGUUCAUCAGUUAGCCAUAGAGGAAGGUUUCAGUCAUAUUUCAUUGUCCUCUGCCGUGGCAGCCAAUAUGAUCAAGAUGGUACCCCGAGGCAGUUCAGCAUCAGCAGAUGCAUACGUCACCCCUGAAAUUAGAAGGUAUUUAGCUGGAUUCAUGAAGGGGUUUGAGGGUGGAAACCUAGAGGGUGUGAGGUGCGAAUUCAUGCAGUCCGACGGAGGGCUCGUUAGCCACAACCAAUUCAGCGGAAUCAAAGGCCUCUUGAGCGGUCCUGCAGGGGGCGUUGUUGGUUACGCUCAGACUAGUUACGACGAGAUUUCCAAGGUCCCGGUGGUUGGUUUCGACAUGGGCGGAACCUCAACAGAUGUGUCACGGUACGGAGGGCAGCUUGAGCAUAUCUUUGAGACCACUACUGCUGGCGUGGCGAUACAGAGCCCUCAACUAGAUAUAAACACGGUCGCUGCGGGCGGUGGCUCUAUUUUGGCCUGGAGGAAGCGUCUUUUCGCAGUCGGCCCAGAGAGUGCAUCGUCACAUCCAGGACCUGCAUGCUAUCGGAAACGCGGGCCUCUGACAGUGACUGAUGCAAACCUCUUCCUCGGAAGGUUGCUUCCGGAUUAUUUCCCGAAAAUAUUCGGCAAGAAUGAAAGUGAGGCACUAGAUUUGGACACAGUGCAGCGAAUGUUUGCAGAUUUAACAGCGACCAUUUACUCCGACACUGGGAAUAAAAUGAGUCCUGAAGAGGUAGCUUGGGGAUUUCUUGACGUUGCUAACGAAGCAAUGUGCCGGCCAAUCCGAGCUUUGACAGAAGGCAAGGGAUAUGACAUAGCAAACCAUCAUUUAAGUGUUUUCGGAGGUGCUGGAGGACAGCACGCUUGCGACGUUGCUCGCAAACUAGGAAUAUCCACCGUCAUCAUCCACAAAUAUUCAAGUAUCCUUUCCGCCUACGGAAUGGCGCUCGCAGACUUUGUGCAGGAAGCUCAAGAGCCAGUUAAUGAAGUUUACGGGGAUGAAUCCCGUAGCAGGCUUCUCGAUCGGCUAUCACGGCUGCGUGAUAAGGUUUGCCGCCAGCUAAACGGCCAGGGGAUUUCAAAUGGCGACAUAUCCUACCAGCGAUAUCUCAACAUGAGAUAUCAGGGAACUGAGACAGCGAUUAUGGUUCUGGAGCCAGCAGAUGGCGAUUUCAAGGAGGAAUUCAAAAGGAUGCAUCUGCGGGAAUUUGCCUUUCUGUCUCCUGAUGAAAGACCGAUCAUUGUGGACGACGUGCGCGUUCGAGGCGUUGGGACUUGUAACGCGCUUGAGAGAUCAGAUGGGCAGAGACUGGGCCAAAAGCUGAAGUACGCCUCUUUCAGUGGUGCACCGCAGGAAAUGGUAGAGCGAACGACAAAAGUCUACUUCCCCGGAACUGGAAAGCUUUCGGUGCCCGUGUUUCUACUGCCCAAGCUAGAUCCACUGACUCUUAUCACUGGACCAGCUAUUAUCAUCGAUCAGACACAGACCUUGGUGAUCACGCCCGGGGCAGAAGCCAGAGUCUUGAGUAACCACGUGGUUAUCCAGAUCAAAGACACAUCCAGCCAGAUAAUACGGGAUCCUGACUCUACGCACAGCAUCCAGCUCUCGUUAUUUGCACAUCGUUUCAUGAGUAUUGCUGAGCAGAUGGGUCGUGUUCUACAGAAGACAGCCGUGUCACUCAACAUUAAGGAGCGACUGGAUUUCUCUUGUGCAUUAUUUGGGCCAGAUGGAGGGCUGGUCGCGAAUGCACCCCAUGUCCCAGUACAUCUUGGCUCUAUGAGCUACGCAGUCAAGUACCAGCACGAGCUCCACAAAGGAAAGCUUGUUCCGGGGGAUGUUCUGGUGUCCAACCAUCCUGAGGCCGGUGGUACACACUUGCCUGAUAUCACUGUGAUCACCCCAGUUUUCGAGACGUCCGAGCGGGUUGCAUUUUAUGUGGCUUCGCGUGGUCACCACACUGAUAUUGGUGGCCUUGGGGGAACAUCCAUGCCACCAGACUCCACAGAGCUAUGGCAGGAGGGUGCUGCGAUCAGAUCGUUCAAGCUCAUCCAUGCGGGAGACUUUGAUGAAUCUGGUAUCGCCGAGAUCCUCCUUCGUCCAGGCGAAUACCCAGGUUGCACAGGGAGCCGACAUGUGUCGGACAAUAUUUCCGACCUCAAGGCGCAGGUUGCGGCGAACCACAAGGGCGUGAUAUUGGUGCAGGAUCUGAUCAAGGAAUACACACUACCAGUGGUGCAGAGGUACAUGAAGGGCAUCCAAUCGAAUGCUGAAUGGGCGGUGCGGGACUUUCUUCGCGCCACUAUCAUUAUGAAAGGCACCCAGCUCGUGGCGGAAGACCGAAUGGAUAAUGGUUCACGAAUCAAGCUUACUGUCAUGAUUGGUCGCGAUGGGUCUGCUGUGUUUGACUUUACUGGGACCGAUUGCGAGCUGCUCAGCAAUAUCAAUGCGCCACCGGCAAUCACCUACUCAGCCAUUAUAUACAGCCUACGUGUCCUCAUCGGCAGUGACAUCCCCUUAAACCAGGGCUGCCUGACACCUAUCAAUGUUGUCCUACCCAAGGGCACAUUUCUGAAUCCAUCCGCAGGCCCCGCUGUGUGCGCUGGGAACACCCAGACAUCGCAGCGAAUUGUGGAUGUCAUCCUGAAAGCCUUCCGAGCCGCUGCCGCCUCUCACGGCUGCAUGAAUUGUAUUGGGUUUUUCGGCGAGGGCGGCAAAGAUGCCGAGGGCAAGAAGCUCAACGGAUACGCAUACGCGUUUGGGGAGACAAUCGGUGGUGGCUCCGGAGCGACAUCUUCCCAGCCGGGGGCAUCCGGUGUACAUACGCAUAUGACCAACACGCGGAUCACUGAUCCGGAGAGUCUAGAAAAGCGCUACCCGGUUAUCCUGCGUGAAUUCGCCAUCCGCCCGGGCACGGGAGGGAAAGGAAUGAACAGGGGUGGUGAUGGUGUGGUGCGAGACAUCGAGUGCCGCGCUCCGCUGAGCUUCAGUGUCAUCACCGAGCGCCGUACUGUUGCACCUUAUGGAAUGAACGGAGGUGAACCUGGACAGUGUGGAGCAAACUACUUGGUUCGCAAGAUAAAGGGGGUGGAAGGGGAGGAGUGGCGAUGGGUAAACAUGGGAGCGAAGAACAUGGUGAAAAUGGAGGCCGGUGAUCGCGCUGUCAUUUAUACUCCUGGAGGAGGAGGAUGGGGGCAUGACUUCAGUGGAGGAUUGUAUGGCGAAGAAUGUGGCAGCCCGUAUGAUGGCGCAGGAGAGUUCUGCGUAGCAUGCCAGACGAUUGUUCAAAAUGUUUUGGGUUAUGAUUGUUGCGUCCGUGAUGAUACCAACGGGAGGCUAUCUGAUAAUUUGUUCGGGCUACGGGUGUUGAGCGCGCAGGCGACGGCCAACCCAGCCUCUUUCUUUAGUAGUAUAUAA